AUGUCACUGCCAGAAACUCAAGUCAUCACGGACACUCUGUCCCUGAAUGAUGAGGUGAAGUCUGAGCGCAAUGGCUCUGUUACAGAUCAGUCAUUGCCGACUCCCAAGCCAGAGGAUGCACAUGACCUUAAUUCUCAUGCUGCUACUUCUGCAGAGGCCACUGCUCCAAGCAAACAUGGACUAGAUGAUGAAUCCGAAUUGGGUUUGGAUUCGAAGCGUCCAAAGAUUGAUGAAACUGAAGCAGGGACCUCUAAUGGUGCUGUUUCCACCCACAACCCAGAUGGUAAGGCUACCUCCUCUGAAGAAUCUAAUAGUCUUCCCAUGGAACCGGCUCCUAAACCACCCCCAGAACCAGAUAUGAACAAUCUACCCGAAUCUCCAAUGCCAAAACAUCAAAACAAGUAUGCAGCCAACACAAUCAAAGCCAUCAAGAGGUUAAAGGAUGCUAAGCCAUUCCUGCUGCCCGUGGACACGGAGAAAUUGGGUAUUCCACUUUAUUAUAAUUAUAUAAAAAGACCUAUGGACUUAUCAACAAUUGAACGAAAGAUUAGUGUGAGUGCUUAUGAAAGUCCUGAUAUUAUAGUUGAAGAUUUCAAUCUGAUGGUUGAUAAUUGUCGUAAGUUUAAUGGAGAGGAUACUCCCAUUACGCGUAUGGCUAAAAACAUACAGGCCAGCUUCGAAAAGCACAUGCUAAACAUGCCCCCAAAGAAUCUACCUGACAAUGGAGUUGCCUCUAGUAAGAGAAAAAGAAACAAGGAAGUUCCGGAAAUAAGACGAGACAGCAUUCGUGACGGAAGACCCAAACGAGAGAUUCACCCUCCGAAGCCAAAGGAUAUACCAUACGAUAUCAGGCCUCGCAAGAAGAAGUACGUUCAGGAGCUACGUUUCUGUAAUCAAGUGAUGAAAGAAUUGAUGUCCAAGAAGCAUCAAAAUUACUCCUUCCCCUUCUUACAACCAGUAGACCCUGUUGCCCUUGACUGUCCCACCUAUUUCGAUAUUGUCAAGGAACCAAUGGAUUUGGGAACUAUACAAGCCAAGCUUGCCAACAGUGAAUAUGAAAAUGCAGAUCAAUUUGAACGAGAAGUUCGCUUGGUUUUUACCAACUGCUAUAAGUUUAACCCAGAAGGCUCUCCAGUUAAUGUUAUGGGUCACACAAUGGAGAAUGUUUUCAAUAAAGAGUGGGAGAAGAAACCUGCACCUGCACCGAGCCCACAAGUUCUUUCCGACUAUGAUUCCGAGGCUGAAGAUGAGGGCGACAUCGAGAUUGAUGAGUCAUUAUUGACAAACCCAGCUAUUGAAUACCUGGAGACUCAAAUCGAGAGGAUGAGGGCUGAUGUUGAAAAGAUGAAAAGACAACUGUAUGAUGAAGUAAUGAGCGUUGCUAUCAAAAACAGAAAGAAAUCUAAGAGAUCCAAGAAAAAGUCUUCCAUCUCUUACCCAACCCAUAUAACAUAUGAAAUGAAGAAAGAAUUGAGCGAAAAGAUUAAUUACCUGUCUGAAACUAAAUUGGCAAAGGUGAUUUCUAUUAUCCAAGAGACCCUUCCCGAAUUGCAAAAGUCAGGUCAAGAAGAAAUUGAACUAGAUAUUGAUCAACUUGAUUCUGCUACACUAUUGAAGCUGUAUAACUUUGUUGUCAAGAAGGAGAAGGCUUUCUCUGACAGUGGAAGUAACACGAAGAAUGGAUCGCGUGGAAGAUCUUCGGGAUCCGCGUCGAAGUCAGGACGGUCUGCGUCCAGUAAGAGGAGCCGUAUCAAGAAGAGUUUAAGUGUUGAAGAACAGAACAAGAAGAUUGCUAACAUUAGACAAAAACUCGAAGAAUUUCAGACUCAUGGAUCUCCCCCCAAAACCAACUAUGCUGCAGAUGAAGAUGAGAGUUCAGAAGAUGACGAUCAAAGCUCUGAUGAAAGCUCUGAGGAAGAGUGA